AAUUAAAAAUAAAAUAAAACUAACAGAGCUUUUCAGCUUCCUUGAAACGUGGCGACUCCUACAGCUACUCGUUGAUCCAUCUUUUUUUACCUUUUUUCCUUUUUUUUUUCUUCUAUAAAUUAAAAAUUAGUCUUCUCUCCGCUUCGACACUCCUAAGAGAUUAUAGUCGCCUUCUCAGUAAUCCAUUUCUGGUGAUCGAAUCCGACGGCCAUUGUUGUUCUGCAGCUGCAUCUCGAUUGUCUUUUCCAUUCUUUCCAGCUUCUAAUGUGGGUAGUAUAGAAACCUCCGAUGUCUAUGAAGUCCGAUAGGCCAUGGAAAUUGCUCAGAAGAAAUUCUUUCUCUGAUGGGGUAAAAUGUGGAGUCAAGAUGAAGCAAGUGCAGCUUAUGGGAAUUAUUUGUACAGUAAUGUUGUUCAUUGUAUAUAGGACCACAUAUUAUCAGUAUAAACAAACAGAGAUGGAAUCAAUAUUGAAUCCUUUUGACACAGUAAAGGAGUUUAGAUUUUCUUCCCAGAAGUUAAAAGGUUUGCCACAUGGUAUCAUACAAGCUAGAUCAGAUUUGGAGUUAAAGCCUCUAUGGUCAACAAAUAGUACACGGUCAAAGCUUCAUGUUUCUGGCAAUUGUAACUUACUGGCAAUUCCAGUUGGUAUCAAGCUGAAGGACAAUGUUGAUUCUAUUGUGCAAAAGUUUCUUCCUGAGAAUUUUACCAUUAUUCUGUUCCACUAUGAUGGCAAUAUAAAUGGAUGGUGGAAUCUUGACUGGAGUGAUAAGGCUAUACACAUAGUUGCUCAAAACCAAACAAAAUGGUGGUUUGCAAAACGCUUUCUGCAUCCGGAUGUUGUGUCCAUUUAUGACUACAUAUUUCUGUGGGAUGAAGAUUUGGGGGUGGAGAACUUUGAUCCAGGAAGAUACCUAGAAAUUGUGAAAUCAGAAGGAUUCGAGAUAUCACAGCCAGCUUUGGAUCCAAAUUCAACAAAUAUACAUCAUAAAUUUACUAUUCGUUCAAGAAGAAAGAAGUUUCAUAGAAGAGUCUAUGAUUCAAAAGGCAGUGUGAAAUGCACCAAGGACAGUGAGGGGCCACCUUGCACUGGAUUUGUGGAAGGUAUGGCUCCAGUUUUUUCAAGAUCUGCUUGGUUUUGUGCUUGGCAUCUUAUACAGAAUGAUCUUGUCCAUGGAUGGGGAAUGGAUAUGAAACUUGGAUAUUGUGCACAGGGUGAUCGCACAAAAAAUGUUGGUAUCAUUGAUAGUGAGUAUGUCGUUCAUCAGGGCAUACAAACUCUGGGUGGAGGGCCGCCUUUAAAAAAGGCUACUAAACCUAAAGAGUUAAUUAAGAAAAUCCAUGCUGCUCCUGUUGAUCCACGAGCGGAGAUUCGAAGGCAAUCAACGUGGGAACUUGAAAUGUUUAAAAAACGGUGGAAGAAAGCCGUCGAAGACGACAAAGCCUGGGUCGAUCCGUUUCAAAGAAGCGGCAGACACAGAACAGAAAGUCUUAAAGAUGAAUGAGUUGAUCUAGUUUGGGCUCAUCUUCAUCGUCAAUACAUGUAAUUUAGAUUUUGUAGCUUGGCUUCGAUACUUGAUAAUUAUUUAAUUUCUUUCAAUAUCAUAUUUUUCUUCUCGCA